AUGUCCGCCCUCACGCCGCCCACCACCACCACCUGUGGCUGCUCGCACGUCCACUGGGCCAUAGUCAUUGUGCUCCUGUCAGUCGCCACCGGGCCAGGACACGCCAUGCCACGGCCCCCACGCUCCACCACGCAGCUGUUGUUCAGCGAGCUGCUGGGUGGCAACGAGGACAACAACGUGUAUGCCGAGCAAUUGAAGCAACAGGAGCAGAGGCAGCAGCAGCAACUGCAGCGGGCUCCCUCCUUCGUCCGCAAGUGGCCGUCCCUUCGCGAUCUUCUUCUGAUGGCAGACUACGAUGACUUCGGAUCCCAGGAGGAGGACGUGACCGAGUCCCGCCUGCUGGCUCGGCUCCACAAGCUCAGCGACAACGGAGGAGCCGGCGACCAGCUGCGUUACAACGUGGUGAACGAUCUGACCAAUGUUCCCUCCAAGAAGGUGGUGCCAAGUCACUCCCUCAAGGAGCACAACACCAAGAAGAAUGUGCAGUUUCGUAAACAAUAUAUGUCGCCUUGCCACUUCAAGAUCUGCAACAUGGGUCGCAAGCGCAACGCCGGCAGCUACUACCCGUACUGAAGGGAUCAAAGGUCGAAACCAUUAUCCAAAGAACACACAAACAGCCAAAGUAAAAUAAAUUUAAAAAAAGAAAAUGAGAAUUUGUCAUGGGACAUGUUCAAAUGCCAAGUAUUGUCUACUGUUCUAAUUUCCUUAAGAAGUAUCCAUUACAGAGCUUAAUUAGAAAUUAUGUUGUAUUUAUAAAAUGUUUCAGUCACACAUCCGACUCUCUCCUGCGAUGUUUCUCUCUUUAUAUUGCAUGUACAGCAUCCCUACAAAAGUAUUUUCAUAUUAGUUCUUAAAGUAUAAUCUACGAUUCUUGUUGUAUUCGAAAUACCUUGAAUAAUAAUAACCAACACAAUGUUGUUAGAUAUUAAGCCCA